AAAUAUAUAUCAAUAUUUUAUUGUUUAAAUAUUAUUUUAAAAUAAACAUAUAUCCGCAUGUACAUACAGAUUCAAAUCUAGUUCUUAAUGGAAAGAAAGUACUUUAAUUUGUGAAGGAUUCCGGAAAUUUUGAUCAUAAAUUUUUUAAAAUAAUUUGCAUCGUACAUUCCAUAAACUGAAAAUUAAAAGAAAAAAAACCUAUAAUCUAAAAUCUACAAGCAACCUGGACAUUUUUUUCAUGAUACUACAAAAGUUAAAUGCAAUGAUAGAACUUUAUCUUUGCUGUUUCAAAAUUUAAACAAAAGUAAACAUUUUUAUCAAAAAUUUAAAUUAAUUUAGCAUGUGAUAAUUCUUGUAACGUUUUCUUUCAACUCGUAUAUUUAAAAGCUAUAAAAUAAAUUAAUAUAAAAAUUGUACAAUCAGCUUCUUUUUGGGGUCAUUCUAAAAAUAUGCAGGGACAAAUAUAAAUCAUAAUGAGACAAAACGAGUCACAUACUGACAUAUAGAGGCGGCUCUAGAUUAGAUGGGUGAUAUACUGACAUAUAGAGGCGGCUCUAAACCAUAUAAUGCUGCAAAAUUAAGUUUCAAUAUAAUACGAUAAGAUGGACAAAUAAUACUAUUUUGAAAAACUACUAUUUAUAAAAUAUGGGUAGUGUACGUAAGUUGUUAAAGAAAAGGUAGUGUACGUAUCUCUCUGAAAUUUGAACAGUAUUCUCUUUUUUCUCAUGGUUUUGCCUUAUAUAAAUAGGCAGCACACCGAGGAUUUCUUACACCAUUCACAAUUAUAUAUUCUCAAGCAAAUUUCUGUCUGUUUCCUUGCUGCUUAAGAACAACGAUUCUCGUGUUACAUUUGAUUUUCCCACAACCGUUUGAUAUAGAUAUAUAUUAACCUCAGAAACUUAAGAAGAUGAAAGUAAUAAGUUCUUUAAUCUCUUCUGUUUUUCUCAAAUUCAUCCACAAAGACUUCCACGAGGUUUACUCAAGAAUGCCCGUCUUGGAUCGUAUCAUACUUCUUAUCGUGCAUGCAGUGGAUAAGAUGGUUCCGUGGCACAAGCUUCCGGUGUUCUUGGGUAUGGCCUACCUAGGGUUGCGCAGACAUCUUCACCAAGAAUACAAUCUCAUCAAUGUUGGUCAAACUCCGGUUGGGACCCGGUUUAAUCCUGCUGACUAUCCGUACCGGACUGCUGACGGAAAAUUUAAUGAUCCGUUCAACGAAGGCGUCGGCAGCCAAUAUAGCUUCAUCGGAAGAAAUUGUCCUCCUGUUGAUCAGAAGACCAAGUUGCUGAAGCCAGACCCCAUGGUAGUGGCGACAAAACUAUUAGCAAGAAGAAAGUUGAUCGACACGGGAAAACAGUUUAAUAUGAUUGCAGCUUCUUGGAUACAAUUCAUGAUUCAUGACUGGGUUGAUCAUCUUGAAGAAACUAAUCAGAUUGAGCUCGUGGCUCCAAAAGAAGUAGCGAACGAGUGUCCCUUAAGCUCCUUCAGAUUCUUCAAGACAAAGGAAGUUCCUACUGGUUUCUUCGAGAUCAAGACCGGUUCGCUUAAUUCCCGUACACCCUGGUGGGAUUCGAGCGCCAUCUAUGGAAGCAACUCAAAAGCAAUGGACAGAGUGAGAACUUACAAAGACGGGAAACUAAAGUUAUCGGAGGAGACGGGUCUCUUACUCCAAGACCAAGACGGUUUAGCCAUUUCUGGCGACGUACGUAACAGUUGGGUCGGUGUCUCCGCCUUGCAAGCUCUCUUCAUCAAAGAGCACAACGCCGUAUGCGACGCCCUCAAGAAGGAGUACGAUGAUUUGGAAGACGAGGAUUUGUACCGCCAUGCUAGGCUAGUGACGUCAGCAGUGAUUGCCAAGAUUCACACCAUAGAUUGGACCGUUGAGCUUCUUAAAACCGACACUUUACUUGCCGGGAUGCGAACAAAUUGGUACGGAAUUUUAGGAAAGAAGUUUAAAGAUUCGUUCGGACAUGUAGGGAGUUCCAUCUUGGGAGGUCUCGUGGGUAUGAAGAAACCUCAAAAUCAUGGAGUCCCAUAUUCUAUAACCGAAGAUUUCACCAGCGUCUAUCGAAUGCACUCGCUCUUACCUGAUCAGCUCGAACUACGUGACAUCGACGUUGUACCAGGAACUAAUAAAUCACUACCAUUGAUUGAAGAGGUUUCUUUCGGAAAAUUGCUUGGUCCUAAGGGAGAACAAACCAUGUCUCAUAUUGGAUUCACUAAGCUAAUGGUCUCAAUGGGUCAUCAAGCAAGUGGGGCUCUUGAACUGAUGAAUUAUCCAUUGUGGCUUAGGGAUCUUGUUCCCCAUGACCCCAAUGGCUACGAUCGUCCGGACCACAUCGACUUGGCUGCUUUAGAAAUCUAUAGGGACAGGGAGAGGAAUGUUGCACGGUACAAUGAAUUUAGGAGAUCUAUGUUUAUGAUUCCGAUAAAGAAGUGGGAAGAUCUAACGGACGAUAAGGAAGCAAUUGAAGCACUAGAAGACGUGUACGGUGGUAAUGUGGACGAGCUCGAUCUUCUGGUGGGACUUAUGGCCGAGAAGAAAAUCAAAGGAUUCGCUAUUAGCGAGACUGCCUUUAACAUUUUCGUCCUCAUGGCUACAAGGAGAUUAGAAGCGGAUAGAUUCUUCACGAGUGAUUUCAACGAAAUGACUUAUACAAAGAAAGGACUUGAAUGGGUGAAUACUACAGAGAAUCUCAAAGAGGUUUUCGAUCGCCAUUAUCCUGAAAUGACCGAGAGAUGGAUGAACUCUGAAAGUGCAUUUUCAGUAUGGGAUUCACCACCGGUUGCCAAAAACCCAAUCCCUCUGUAUCUCCGAGUACCACCAUCUUAAAUCAGAUCGAUUAUGUCAGAUGUGACGCACUUUGAAUGAUUUGAAUUUUAUUUUAUUGGUAUUGUUGGUUACUGGGAGCUGCGAAUGUGUGUUGCUGGGAGCUCUCAGCAUUAUUCAUCUACUACAAUUAUGUGUAAUAUUUGAACUAAUGCAUGAUAUAUAUACAUGUAUCAUUUGUUUGUUCGUUCAACAAAGUCGUUUGUAAUCAAUCUUGUUUUGUCAUCACAUAAAUGAUUAUUGAGGAGUUUGAUCA